AUGUCUCGCUCACGCUUCCCUCCUACCCCAGCCAUGUCCGGCGAGUUCAUCAUUAAGGAUCAAGCGGCUGAUGCCACAGACACCUUUACCCUACCCCCGGCAGCUCUUGGCUCGAAAGUCGAUGAUCCUUAUAGCCGACGAUCGUCUCAAUCCGAUCCAACAUACGUACCGGCGUCACCUACAUCGCCCGAUCUCAUGGCCCGCAACAGAUCAACACAGCAGUCCCGCUCCGGCAAUACUGCCAAGCGCUCUCUAGAGGACUUUGAUCUUCCACCACCUCCUACCCGCACACGCAAGAUCAUUCAAAUGAAGCCCAAACCACAACCAACCACCAAAUCUCCGUCGAAGCCCAAGGAGAACGGGAAGACCCAGGCAUCGCCUGAAUCGGGCACCAAGGAUGCUGCGCCAAAAAAAAAGCAACCCAGUGCCACAAGUGCUGCAGGACGCAAGAUUGCCCGCAAGACAGCCCAUAGUUUGAUCGAGCGGCGUCGGCGGUCCAAGAUGAACGAGGAGUUUGGUACUUUGAAAGACAUGAUCCCCGCCUGUACAGGGCAAGAGAUGCACAAAUUGGCAAUUCUUCAGGCGAGCAUCGACUAUGUAAAUUACUUAGAGCGAUGCAUUCGAGACCUCAAGACAGCUGGUGCCACCCACACAAACGCGCCACCAUCACCCACAUCCCCGGAGUUCAUCACCGAAGGAGGUGAAUCUUCCCAACAACCACCUCAACGUCCUCCCUCUUCAAUCUACUCCUAUUCCGCCUCUGAAUCACCGGAGAUCAUGCCCGGCAGCGGGAUGAUUUCGGAUGCAUCCCCCUCCUUCUCACCCCGCACACGCAUGCCCUCCGUACACACACUACCAGAUAUUUCAUCCGUUCUUCCCAGUCCGGCACUGGGCCCUAUCAACCCGGCCAUGGACAAGAUGCAUGAGCUCCAGGGUAUCGACCAUGAAGCGUCUGCUGCUUUGCUCAUGCUCACACAAGACCGGAGGGGCACCGCCGACUCUAUCAAUGAGCAUUUCGCUGGUAUCACAACUAUUUCUGCUCCAUCCGAGCAGAACAGAGGUGUCGAUGUCCAAAGAAGAAAGGGCAUGAGUGUGCGUGAUCUCCUUAUAUCAUGA